CACAAAAACCUGGUUGUAGAGAGAGAAAAUACAAAUGGACAUGAUUUUCUGGAAUUUGGUAUUAAUAACAGCAGCAGCAGCAACAAUCUUGUGGUUUUCCUCCGCCAUUUAUGCGUACAUGAAAAUCAAAUUAAUCACAUCAUCAAAACUUCCUCUUGGCAGCCUCGGAAUAUUCCCUUUCCUCGGAGAAUCUCUCCACUUCAUCUCCUCCGCUUAUUCCGACCGCCCCGAGUCCUUCGCCAUCAAACGCCGCCGCAUGUAUGGGAAGGUAUUCAAGACACACUUAUUUGGGAAUCCAACAAUAGUAUCAACUGAUGCAGAAGUAAGCAGAAUCAUUCUGCAGAGUGAUGCCAGAAUAUUCGUUCCAUCUUACCCAAAAUCACUUAUGGAAUUGAUGGGAAAAUCCUCCAUUCUGCUAAUUAAUGGAAGCUUACAGAGAAGAAUCCAUGGCUUAAUUGGUAAUUUCUUCAAAUCUGCAAAUUUAAAAGCUCAGAUUACAUCCGAAAUGGAGAAGUAUUUGUUGAAAUCAAUGGGUAAUUGGAGGGAAGAUUCUCCUGUUUACAUUCAAGAUGAAGCUAAACAUAUUGCAUUUCAAGUGCUGGUGAAAGCACUGAUUAGCUUGGACCCUGGCAAUGAAAUGGAGCUGCUAAAGAAUCAUUUUCAAGAAUUUAUUAAGGGACUUAUGUCUUUACCAUUUAAUUUUCCCGGCACUCAGCUUUAUCGAUCGUUACACGCAAAAAAGAAAAUGGUGAAGAUAAUUGAUGGAAUAAUCCAAGCAAAAAGGGAUAAUAAUUGCAGCAAGAAGAUUAAUAAUUAUGCUAAUGAUGAAGGAUUAAGUAGUAAUAUAGGAAAAGAUGUAGCAGAUGCAUUGAUUAAUGACAAAAGUGAGGAGCUGACAGAUGAACUAAUUGCAGAAAAUAUGAUUGAUUUAAUGAUUCCUGGUGAAGAUUCUGUCCCUCUUCUUAUCACUCUUGCUAUCAAAUACCUCUCUGAUUCUCCUGCCUCCCUCGAACAAUUUACGGAGGAGAAUCUUAAAUUGAAGAAGCUAAAGGAGAAACUUGGGGAGCCAUUUUCAUGGAAUGAUUAUUUGUCCAUGCCCUUUACACAAAAUGUAAUUACAGAAACUCUAAGGAUGGGAAAUAUAAUAACAGGAGUAAUGAGAAAAGCCAUGAAAGAUGUUGAAAUAAAGGGAUAUUUAAUUCCAAAAGGGUGGUGUGUUUUUGCAUAUUUCAGAUCAGUUCAUUUGGAUGAUAAAUUAUAUGAUUUUCCUUAUCAAUUUAAUCCAUGGAGAUGGCAAGGUAAAGAAGUUAGUAAUUGCAAUUUCACCCCAUUUGGUGGUGGUCAACGCCUGUGCCCGGGGCUUGACCUUGCCAGGCUGGAAGCUUCUAUUUUUCUUCACUAUUUCGUUACUCAAUUCAGAUGGGAAGCUGAAGAUGACUCCAUUAUUAAUUUCCCCACUGUGAGAAUGAAGAAACGGAUGCCAGUUUGGGUGAAAAGACGAAUAUAACCCUCAAACUCAUUUUCCAGCAAAUACUAUUAUUGUAAAACAAAAGAAAGAAAGAAAAUUAAAUUAUAAUACUAGUAGGCAAAACAAAGCAAAUAUGAUUACACUUUU